AUGCAAAUGUUGCAGGUGUGUUAUAAUUUGAAAUACAAUGGUUGGACAAGACAGUGGCACAGUGAACACAAAGUACCGUAUGCGUAUCACGGUAUCCAGUGGAUCGGAUAUGACGACACGGAGAGUUUCCAAGUGAAGAUUGACUACAUCAAGUCCAAAGGACUGGGUGGCGGUAUGGUUUGGUCUCUUGAUCAAGACGAUUUCAGCAACAGUUGUGGCGAUGGGGCUUAUCCUCUGAUGAACCUAUUGCGAAGUGAAUUGUUUGGAUCAGCAGUAGUAUCUCCAUUGCUUUCUUCUACGUACCCUUCUACUAAUGUCUUAACUUCUUCUCUAUCUCCACGAGGGUCAACCACCAGAGAAACUGGAUCUUCUAGUUCAAACUAUCAUGUAUCUACAGAUAGCCAAUUAAGUAGUAAGCGAACAACGCAGUCUCGCACAGUUUCAGGAGAUAUUUUUUCAACAACGAUAUCGUCUAUCUGUGGAGCACCGAAGCAGUGUGAAAAUGGUCGGUUUUAUGAGGACAGUUGUGAUAUACGCAAAUACUACCAGUGUUCUUCCGGUGUUGCUUGGCACUAUGAGUGUGCUGCAGGAACAGUGUGGGAUAAACGAAUCCAAAAUUGUAACUGGGAUUACCUCGUCCUUACUUCCUCUGCCCCCUGUGGAUGUGGUCCUCCAUCAAAUUGUAUUCAUGGAAACUUUUACGAAGACAAAUGUGAUAUGAAACUUUACUACCAAUGUGCACAUGGUAUUCCUUAUCCAUAUGAAUGCCAUCCUGGAACUCUUUGGGAUAUCACAAUUACAAACUGCAACUGGGAAAAUGCAGUUCCUAGCAGAACAACCCCGUCUGGAUCAGAUUGCAGCAGUUAUCGGACAACUCACUUACCAGAUCAGCAGACAACGGUUCCGUCUACUCAAACCCAAACACAGAUGUCUAAAACGACUCCCCAGUAUACAGAACAUUCAACUUUUGAUUCAACGAAUAGAGAUUCCUCAACGAUGAAAGCCUCCACUUCCUCAAACACACAUACACAGUCUGUUGAUCAAACUACAGUCAAACCUCAUACUACCGAAACACAUACUACCUCCCAAUCAUACACAUCUGUUACACCUGUGUCGAUAGGUCAGCUUAAUACACUUCAGUCAAGUACAUUUACUAAGCAACCCAUGGUUUCCUCGACAUUUUUCAUUCCAUCUUCUUCAAAAAGUGAAACCCGAAUCAAUGAACAAUCCACAACCUCGCCUCCCUUUGCUACAACAGGUGCUGCGGUGUCACAUUCCCGGCAACAAAUCACAUCAUUCCGUGUUAUUACAAAUGAUUGGACACAACAGGCUACCACACCUUCCAUUAUUGAAACUACAAGUCCCACUAUGUCAAAGUAUCAGCACCAAACAACUGCGGAUCUCACUCCAUUACAAACCCACCAAAAUGCAGCAACUUCGCCAUCUGUUGCCACAACAGAUGGUACUCGAACAAACCAUCCGCAAACAUCAAUGUUACCCAAUGUCGCUGUUACAAAUGGCACAACA